AUGGAAGAUCAGGAACUGUGCCAGGAGUCCCCUCAGGCCGCAGAGGUUGUCAAAACACCGGUAAAAUGUGAAAUCAAGCGGUACAGCGAGAUCUUCAGAGACUUUGACAAUCUCGACUUGUCUUUUAUCCCCAUUGACAAAGAUGAUCUGAUGGUUGAUGCCUUAGAGUUUAACUCGCAGAAUAUCGCCGAUGAGAAUACAGAAAUCGCUGAACGUGAAGCAUCUGAAAGCUGUGUAACCUUUGAAGGUGAUGGAAUCACAUCAGUCCACGAGGCCGACUUGGCGCUCUGCCGCUGCGAGGACGGCGUGGAGACGGCCCUGCAGUACGCCAAGAUGUGGUGCCGCUACGCUAAAGAUCUCCUGGCCUGGAUGGAGAAGAAGCUCAGCUUGGAACAAGAAUUUGCAAAAAAUGUCAUGAAGGCAUCAGAAGCGGCAAAAGUCAGUUUGGCGUCACAGGAAACUAUGCCCCUGCACUUUAUCUACACAAUGGCUCUGGAACAAGACGUGAAGAACAGUGCGAACUCUAGGAAGACGUCGGAGCUGGUGCAAAACCGCUGUUACCAAGCCUUGGCUGCCAAGAGGAAUGAGAUUGAUAAGUGGCGGCGGGAAUUCAAGGAACAGUGGGUGAGGGAGCAGAGGAAAAUGAACGAAGCUGUGACGGCACUGAAAAAGUCUCGUCAGCAAUAUUUUCAGCGGUGCGACGAGCUGGAGAAGGCGAAAGCGAUCACGGCUAAAACUGCUGACGACAUGGGUGCCAACAAAACUCUGGACAAAAGGAGAAAGUCCAAGGAUGAAGCCCAAUCCAAGGUGUUGGAGUCCGAGCUCUUAUACAGACACUGCGUGCAUGACGCCAGAAUCCACCAAGAAGAACUGGUGAAGGUCAAAGAGAGGAUUAUCUCUCACACCCGCAAGCUGAUCUGUCAAGGAGACACUGUGCUCAAGCAGGUGACGGUCAACAUGUUCUACUACCAGCGGCAGCAGACGGAGCCGGUGCCUCUGGGGUAUCACCACCUGGAGCUGACGUGCCGCUCGCUGGAGCCCGGCGAGCCCUAUCUGAUGUACGUACGCGGCAGGCGGCGCCGGGAGAUGCCGCAGCAGAUCUUCUCCUUUCAGGAGUAUGUGCCUCAGGGAAAGAGGAACAAGCGUAAAACCAACAACUCCUCACCCCACACAGAUGAAAGUCCUUCUAGACACGGUAACAUCUCAUUUGUUUGAAUGCCAAUUAAUAUGAAUAUUAAUCCAAAUGUCACGAUAGGGAGAUUCGGCUACAGUGACAGCGAGAGCGUCGGCGGUAGUCUGGAAUCUCUGUCCAGCCCUGCUCACGGUCACAGACGGCUCCACAGAACAACAUACAACUUGUGCGCCGACGAGGCGGACGACCGCGAUGUGGCAUCUGAAUCAGAAUGCUUGGACAGCCGGCAAGUCAGGGUUCGCACCCCAUCCCGGGCUGCGCUGACUCACCGACUGAGGAAAUUGAAGAGCAAGAUAGUCAAAUGCAAGCAGUGCGACAACUACAUUUACGUCAACGGCGUGGAAUGCGAGGAGUGCGGGCUGGGUUUUCACAGGAAGUGCAUGGAAGUGUGUCAGACGGAGUGCUGUAACCAAAAGGGGACGCUGUUUGGCGUUCGCUUGUCCUUAUUGCUACGGGACGCGACGGAUGAUGUACCGUUCGUGGUGCAACGAUGCACGGCGGAGAUCGAGAGUCGCGCUCUUUCGUUGCAGGGGGUGUAUCGGGUAAGCGGGUCCAAACCUCGUGUCCAAAAGUUGUGCCAGGCCUUGGAGGAGCUCAAGGAGGACGUAGACCUGUCGGAGGUGUCGCCACAUGACAUCACCUGCGUCCUCAAGCACUUCUUCAAGGAGCUGCCGGAUCCCCUACUGACAUUUGAGCUCUACAACGAAUUCAUUGCGGCGGGGAGGAGCGUCCAGCAACUAGGCGACUGGGAAUCCGCGCAGGACACCAAGGAGUUUGCAGACGUUUUGCGGAACCUGCAGCAACUACUGCAGAAACUCCCGUCGUGUAGUUACGGCACUUUGCGGCACCUCAUACUUCAUCUCUAUCAGGUUUCCUUAAACGACGAGAACAAGAUGUCCUCCUGCAAUUUGGGCAUUGUCUUCGGUCCGACUCUCUUGCGCCCCCCGGUGUGCACCGACCAGCCCUCCGUGGCCCUGCAGGAAAACGCCUACCAGGCUUUGCUGGUGGAAUUCCUCAUCUCGCAACACGACAAGGUCCUGCUCCCCCGCCGGACACCCGGGAUGUCCACCCCUCCUCCGGCGUGUCCACUCCAGGACACCCCGCCCAGAGACGCCUGUCCUCUUGAGGGGGACUUUGACAGCAGAGCAGAGCAAGGAACGACCUCAAGGGAGCGCCCUUACUCACUAGAAAGCGAAAGAAUGAAGAGAGAGUCAAGCGAGGGUUAUAUAUCGGACAAGUCUUCGUCCAAUGAGGCGGUGGACAAGCUCGGCCCCGAAGCCAAUGACAGAGCAGUCCUGGCUAUGAGCGGAUCCCAGACUAGUCACGACCCGACGGCGAGCUUCCCCUCAGACAAACCCCACUACCGCUUCACCAGGCAACCCGUCAAGUACCACCGCCAUCACAACCCCAGGGGCCGAGGUCCCGGCCAGCCGAGCCGCGACGUCGGACGUCCCUCCGCGCCUUCCGAGGAACCCUCGCGAAGCGCCGACAGCAGUCGCAGCUCCUCACCAGAAACUCACCGGAACUCUGACGACGUCCGGCCGACUCGUGGGGACGCCGCCGAGGACGUUCCGCCUCUUAGCCCGCGGGACGUCGUGCAGUACAUGCUCGGACUGGAGCCGGCGGCGGACCGCCAAGUGACGGACAACGAGAGGAAGGCCUCGUGCCGGUCGCCGAGGCCUCUUCCUCCAGAACAACGCUUGACCUCGCCCGUGCACACCAUCUUAUCUGGUUUGAAGUUGAGGCGGAGUCAAUCAGGCAAGGAGGAACAACUUUUUGUAUGA